GUGGCACUGUGUGAUGCGGCGCGGGGAGGACUGCCCGCGGGCCCAGCUCGCUCGCAUAAAAACGGAUCGCGGCCCAAACCACGGCAUCAGUCGCUCCACAGCAGCCGAACACAGCCCGGCACACCCCCCAGCUCCUUCGUCCAGUGCAUCACCGACAAUCAACACAGACGCCAUGGCUCGCCCCGUCGUCCUCCUGCUCGCCAUCGUGCUCCUCGGCUGCGCCGCGUGCGCCCUCGCCUCCCCCGCGCCCUUCAGGGGCUCCGUGGGGCCCAACGGCGGCGGCCCCAACAUCCCCGGUGUGAGCAACCCCGGCCCCGGCCGCCACGGCGAGGUCAGCGGCGGCAUCCGUCGCGACAAGGGCUACGGCACCACGGUGCACGGCGCGGGCAGCGGCGACGCCUGGGUGUCCCGCGACGGCAACUCCAGGGUCAACGUGGGCGGCCGCGUCAGCCAAGGCGUCAGCGGCCACGCCAAGGGACAGCGCGACUACGGCGGCCACAUCAUGUACGAGAAGAAGUGGUAGAGGACAAAGGCGACGCCAGGGCGCAGCAGAUCCGAUACAGCCUCGAUAAGUCUGAAAACGAUGUAUGUGUCUAAGUUCGACAAUGGCGCAUGUUAACUUUUGAAAAGACUGCAGUCUGAUUCCCCCAGUGACGUAUUCCGACAAGUACUUCAAACACCUCGAAGUGACACCCUGAGUGACUGUGCUACCUCUGCGUUACCUGAAAGUGGCACAGGAACUUUCUCGGCUAAUCUGAUAAACCUUUACAAUGUAUUUUCCAAUAA